UCAGAUGUCCUUGUAGCUAUGGAAACUCAUCAGCGGCAGCAUCCUCCAGUUUGUUCACCCCGUCGCCUGGACAGCUAAGCUAAAUUUGUAUGUAAAACAUCUCUUCAAAAUGGCGAUCGGGCGUCAAACGCUUUCCUUGGUGCUCUUUUCAUGGCUGUGCAACAGUACAGCUUCUGCUGUAAUUCUCAAAACAACUGAAAAAUCAGUAUGGACAAAUGAAUUUGAGUCGAUUGAGUUGACCUGCUUGAUAGAGUCCAUUUCUACAAACAAUCCCAGAAUUGAAUGGAAGAAAAUUAAAAAUGGUGUACCCAGCUAUGUUUAUUUCCAAAAUAAAAUUUCAGGUGACUUGGAGCACAGGGCUUUGCUGAGAGAGCCUGCAAACCUUCUGAUCCUGAACACCAGCAGAUCGGACACAGCUCAGUAUCGCUGUGAGGUGGCGGCCAUCGACGACCAGAAGCCAUUUGAUGAAAUACUAAUCAGUCUCGCUGUAAGAGUGAAGCCGGUGAUGCCCAGGUGUAGUGUGCCGGAAGCGGUUACGGUGGGUUCGAGCACUGAACUACGCUGUAUUGAGAACGAAGGCUUUCCACAGUCACAGUAUCAGUGGUUCAAAAACAGCGAGGAGCUGCCAGAAGACCCAAAAACCAGCAGCAAGUUCUACAAUUCUUCAUACACCAUGAACACCGAGACUGGUUCUCUGAAAUUCCGGUCGGUGAAGAAAGAGGAUGCAGGUGAAUACUAUUGCCAGGCCAGAAAUGAGGCAGGAUGGUCAAAAUGCAGUCCUCAGAUCAUGGAAGUGUAUGAUCUGGACAUUGUGGGAAUAUUCCUAAAGGUGUUAGGUGGAGUGGCAGCAUUUAUAUUUGUCAUUGUGGGGAUCUGUCAGAUUCAGAAAAGUGGCUACUGUUCCUGCAAAGACCACAGGGAAACCAAUUACAAAGUACCCCAACAUGACAACAGGAUGGACUACACCAGUCCAGAUGAGGGACAUUUCCGCCACAAGUCCUCCUUUGUUAUUUAAAAUCAAAGAAGAGGAGACGAGCGCUUAAGCUGUGUGAAGGCCUUGUGAGCUGACAUUUGAACUGUCAAGUUAUGGAUUUUACGCAGAGGUGCGACUUGAGGUUCAUGGCUUGCCAAAGUUAUUACAAAAACGAAAACUACUGUGUUAAACAGGGAAUUUUUACUCCCCUUAUUUUGAUUUAAACAGACAGGAAUCAAACACAGGUUUACUUAAUACUCCACAGUUUAUAUAUAAAAAUGAUGUUCAGUUGAACAACACUAAGAUUUAUAGCUAUUACAUGCAUCUUGUUCAGUGAAAAAUCAUUGUUUCAGCAAAUCGUAAAGGACUGAACUUAAGAAGUAACAUAAAAGAUGAGUUUUUUCUAAAUAAUUGUGAAUUUCUGAAUGUCACUUGCACUUCAAAUUGUAGCAAGGUUGAAAUUGCAUCCAGGUGCUGCUGUAUUUUUGCCCAAAAAGUAGUUAACACAUAAUACCAGUGCAAGAAUUUACAUGUCCUCAAGGAAAAUAUUAUAUUUCCCACUGGAAAUAUAGUGUGUGUGUGUGACUAUGUAAAGAAUCCUGUCAGUGUAAAUGUGUACAAUGCCAUGCCAAGACUGUUUUAUCUGGGUCACUUUUGAGAAGAGGAUUUUGUGUUAGUGUUUCAGUAGUAGUUUUUGAGUUGAUGAACUAUAAAAAAGUAGCAUUUUAGUUUGAGAUUUAAUCAAACAUCUCCGUAAAGUCAGUAGACUUGGUUGUGCAAGAUGAUUCAUUUACUUAGUUUCAUUUUUGAAAUAUUCCUCUAGAUACAGAUUACGCACUUGUGGGUUUUUCAGAGUGCCAUUUCUGUGUUUAAGUGACCUUCAAUGCUUUAUAAUUGUUUUAUACGUUUUGGACAUAUUGUCCAGGUUUUUUGACUCUGUGUUAUUGUUUUAAUCUAUUUAUAAUAUCUAGGUAUAUUGUAGUUCACUCCAGAGUAGUAGUUAGACUGUGGGCCGUGUCACAAGAAUAAAACUGAUUAUGUGGAAGCAAUCAGCAUUGUCUAUCCGUUCAUUUUGUUUUUAAAACAUGUAGCUAUAUAUGUAAUUGGACCAUCAAAUUUACUUUGAUUUAACUUGAUGUUUUUUCCCCCCACUUUUUAUAAGUAACUUACGGAGCCCUUUAAGGGACAUGGUGGUGGGAAAAAUUCGGGGUGGGAGGAAAAAUACUUUUCAAAUCUUUUCCGUUCUCUCGCAAAACUUGUGCGUUCCGUCAAGAAACUUUGCGUUCCUUCGCAAAACUUUCGCGUUCUCUUGCAAAGCCAUUUGAGUUCGGACAAACAUUGGAGGACUAAAUUUGAUAAUAAUAAAUCCUGAUAAAAAUUAUUAGGCAUAAUUUUUUAACAUUAAUAACCUUAUUAAUUAUAUUACUAAUAAUAAAGCAGAAUAUGAACGCACGUUCAGAAUAUGAAUACAACGCCCUGCAUGUUAAGCCUUUUCUUACCCAUAGAAAACGCUUAAGGUAGGCUAAUGAAAGGUUCAUACAGCUCGUAUGUUCAGAAUGGAGCGGUUCAUAAAGUUUUUAUUUUGAACUUGGACUCAAGUAUAAAGAAAUACAGUCAGUGGUUAGUUCAAGGCACGGUUCUGGGACAUUCUAAAACGCUUUAAUGUGGCUUAAUGUAUUAAAACAUUGGAGGACCAAAUUCGAUAAUAAUAAAUACUAAUAAAAUUAUUAAUAAUAAAAUUAUUAGGCUUAUAUUAAUAACCUUAUUAAUAAUAUUACUAUUAAUAAAGCAGAAUAGCCCAGAAUAUGAAUGCAACGGAUUUGGUAUUUUUAAUUCACUGUUUUCAUUAUAGCCUACCUUAAGCGUUUUAUGAGGGAGAAAAAGCUUAGGCUACGUGCAGGGCGUUGCGUUCAUAUUCUGGGCUAUUCUGCUUAGUAAUAUUAUUAAUAAGGUUAUUAAUAUUAGCCUAAUAAUUUUAUCAGCUUUUAUUAUUAUCAAAUUUGGUCCUCCAAUGUCACUGUUUUAAAACAUUAAGCCACUUUAAGCGUUUUAUUAUGUCCCAAAACCGUGCCUUGAACUAAGCACUGACUUAUUAAUUUAUUUGAGUCCAAGUUCAAAAUAAAACACUAUGAACCGCUCCAUUGUGAACAAAGAGUUGUAACCACUGCAGGCUGUAAAGUAAACAGGAAGAAUUUGUCUGAACUCAAAUGUUUUUGCGAGAGAAUGCAAAAGUUUUGCAUGGGAACACAAGUAUCUUUGCGAGAGAACGCAAAAGUUUUGCGAAGGAAUGCAAAAGUUUCGUGAGAGAACUCAAAACAUUUGAAAAAAAAAUUUUCCUCCCACCCCAAAUUUUUCCCACCACCAUGUCCCUUAAAGGGCUCCGUAGUAACUUGACGCACUAUGACAAUAUAUAUUAGUCUUCCUCAUGGCAUGUCCCACUGUCUAAAAACAGUUUGGCAGACUGUUUAUAAAAAACAAAUGAAAAAGAGAACCUGGGUUUGAUCUUAAUAAAAUUGUCUAAUUUAAUGAAUAGGAAAAUCUAAUAGAUAUGCCCAAGUAAAAUUUAAAUGUCCUGUCAGACUGGGGCCAGAUACUGUAUAUUCCCAUAUGUAAACAAAUGUAAAUACAGUAUCUCUUAUUGAAUUAUUCAAAGUGUUUGAUGGCAAAACAUUUUAUUUUACCUUUUUGUUUAAGGCUCAGUGUCAUACGAUUUUUACAUAUACUAUUGACUGCCAGUCAAUGGACAAAGAGAAGCUAAAUUAUGUGUAGUUAAGCAGUUAAUAAUGAACACACACUCUUAAAAAUAAAAAGUUCUUCAUUUAUAUGUGGUUCCAUGAAGAACCUUUAACAUCCAUGGAGCCUUUGCAUUCCACAAACGGUUAUUUUUACACUAAGAAAAAAAAAGUUAUUUUAAGAAACUGAAAGGUUCUUUGGGGCCCAAAAUAGUUUCUCACUGGCAUCAGUACAAAAACCUCCUUCUGGAACUUUUAUUUUUAAGAGAGCUGUUGAUGCUCAGCCACAAUAUUUCCAAACAAUUCUGUAUUUGACUUUAUACUAUAACAAGUACUAUAUGAAAUACCUGACAUUCCAGCUAUGGUUAAAUAUUGAAUGUAUAUUCUUAAUAUUUACAGUUACACUGCAAAAAUAAUUAUUUUCUUAAUCAAUAUUUGUUUUCUUGACAAAAUGUUUUUUUCUUGUUUUAAGCAUAAACCUAACAAAAUAUAGUGAUGUUUAUGCAUAAAAUAUGUUUGCAUAAUAGUUUAAUAAACAGAAUUCGAGAAGUCUUAUACACAAAGAUGUAAAUGUGUCUUGUUUUAUGGAUGUUUAGAUAUAUUUUACUGUAAAACAAGAGAAAAACAUUGAUUUGGAAUUUUUUGCAGUGUAUGUUAUUAUAAGGAAACUUGUCAUAUUAUGUUAAACUGCUGUCCAAUUAUUUUUGUAUUAUCUUUAAUGUGUGGUUUGUGUGAUGUGAAAUCAAAACACAUUAUUAGAGACGAAAUCUGAAUAGCAUUACCACCAAGAUGUUUAAUUCUUUAUGCCACUACACUAUUGUACUAUCGAUAACUAAUCCAUUAUAUUAUGCUUAGAUUAUAAUAUUCUCAGGUACAAUUAAAAGAAGUGACCAUGUAUGUGUACAGUAAAUGUGGUCAUGUAAUCGCUUUUCUUUUACCGUUGUUAUUUAAUAAUAAAGAAAUUCUUCU